CCGCGGCCGCUUCCGGGCCCAGCGGUGGCGGGCGACCGGGAAGCGACGCGGCCAUGCUGCGUACCCUGGGCGGCCUGGGCGCGCUCCCCCUGUUCCGGGCUCCGGCCCUGCUACUGCUGCCCGCGCGCGGCCGCAAGACCCGCCACGACCCGCCCGCCAAGUCCAAGGUCGGGCUCGUGAAGACGCCGCCCGCGGUGGAUCCUGCGGAGUUCUUCGUCCUGACGGAGCGGUACCGGCAGUACCGCCAGACUGUGCGCGCCCUCAGGCUCGAGUUCGUGUCCGAGGUGCGGAAGAAGGUGCAUGAGGCCCGAACCGGGGUCCUGGCAGAACGCAGAGCGCAGGAGGAUGCCGCCGAGCAUCGGGAGCUGAUGGCCUGGAAUCAGGCGGAGAACCGGCGGCUGCACGAGCUGCGGCUAGCGAGACUUCGGCUGGAGGCGCAGGAGCAGGAGCAGCGGCAGGCGGAGGAACGGGCCCGCCGCGCCCGGGAGGAGCAAGCCAGGAUGCAGCUCAAGGAACAAGAAGUGCUGCGUCUGCAGGAGGAGGCUAAAAACUUCAUCACCCGAGAGAAUCUGGAGGCGCGGGUGGAAGAAGCUUUGGACAAUCCGAAGGACUACAAUUGGGCCAUCACCAAAGAGGGUCUGGUGAUCAAGCCUCAGCACAGGGGCUCCUAGGGGCCCAGUAAGGACGGUUCCUACCAGAGACAGAAUGUAUAUGGGGGUAGGAAGGCUGGGCCUGAUCUGGAAUGAAGUAGUUGUGUUUCCAAGGAGAAAAGCUCAGACUUUUCCAAGGCUGCCUUCAUGUUCUGGCCUCUGCACCCACCACUUGGUCAGAAACUCUCAAACAGUGACCUAUUCUUCCUCAAGUACAACCUCAGGAUUGCACCAGACCGUAGAGUGUUUUCCAUCUCACAGAGAAUUGAACUGGGUGACAGUCCUCUGGGGCAGUCAGGCUCUCUCCUGUUAUCAAGGGCAGUGACUGGUUUCAGUCCUUAAACCAAAUGUGACCUGCUGCCUGUUUUUGUAAAUAAAGUUUUAUUGGAACACAA